AUGUCUUACCGACUGGGUUCCACCAAGGACUUUUCCUCCUCCCGCAGUGGAGGAGGAGGAAGAUCUUCCGUCAAAGUCUCCAGCACCAAAUGUUCUAGCUCCGUCGGAGGAGGAUUUGGCUUCGGUGGAAGCUCCGGGGGUGGCUUCGGUAGCGGGGUCUAUGGAGGGGGCUUCGGAGGAAGCGUGUUAGGAGGAGGCGGCUACGGCGGUGGCGUGUGUGGGGGUUUCGGUGGGGGUAGCUAUGGAGGAGGCGGCUUUAGCAGCGGCUACUAUGGAGGGAGCUCUGGCGGUGGCAGUUUUGGUGGGGGCAGCUUUGGUGGGGGCAGCUUUGGUGGGGGCAGCUUUGGUGGGGGCAGCUUUGGCGGAGGAUUCGGCGGGGGCGACGGUGGCCUUCUCUCCGGCAACGAGAAGGUGACCAUGCAGAACCUAAACGACCGCCUGGCCAACUACCUGGACAAAGUCCGGGAGCUGGAGGAGUCCAAUUUUGAGCUGGAACGGAAAAUUAAGGAAUGGUAUGAGAAAUAUGGUUCUUCUACUCAGAGAGAACCCCGUGACUACAGUAAAUAUUACCAAAUCAUUGACGAUCUUAAAAACAAGAUCAUUACUCUAACUACCGACAAUGCCAACGUCCUGCUCCAGAUUGACAAUGCCAGGCUGGCCGCCGAUGAUUUCCGACUGAAGUAUGAAAAUGAAGUGACCCUGCACCAGAGUGUGGUGGCCGACAUCAAUGGACUGCGUCGGGUGCUGGACGAGCUGACCCUGACCAAGGCUGACCUGGAGAUGCAGCUCGAGAGCCUGACUGAGGAACUGGCCUACCUCAAGAAGAACCACGAGGAGGAAAUGAAGCACUUGCAGAACGUAAACAUAGGCGAUGUGAACGUGGAGAUGAACGCCGCCCCGGGGAUUGACCUGACCGAGCUGCUGAACAACAUGAGAGCCCAGUACGAACAACUGGCCGAGCAGAACCGCAGAGAAGCCGAAGCCUGGUUCAACGAGAAGAGCAAGGAGCUGACCACCGAGAUCAAUGAUUCUGUGGAGCAGAUGUCUAGCUACAAGACGGAGAUCACUGAAUUGAGACGCAACCUUCAGGCCCUGGAGAUUGAACUCCAGUCCCAGCUGGCCCUGAAACAAUCCCUGGAAGGCUCCCUGGCAGAGACGGAAGGUCGCUACUGUGUGCAGCUGUCCCAAAUUCAGGCCCAGAUCACCUCUCUGGAGGAACAGUUACAGCAGAUCCGUGCCGAAAUCGAAUGCCAGAAUGCAGAGUACCAACAACUCCUGGAUAUCAAGACCCGGCUGGAGAAUGAAAUUCAGACCUACCGUAGCCUGCUAGAAGGAGAGGGAGGCUCUAGCGGAAGUGGACACGGUGGGCGAGGUGGGGGCUCUGGAGGAAACUACUUUGGAGGCAGCUCUGGAGGAGGAAGCAGUUCCGGCGGAGGAUACUCAAGCAGCUCUGGAGGUGGCCAACAGAGCAGCUCAGGAUUCAAAGUUUCAAGCUCAUCAUCCUAUAGCUCUGGAGGUGGGAGCACUGGAGAAUCAACAACCAAGGGCCCUGGAACAAGGUCAGCAGAAACUAGCUGGGGUUCUAACCAAACUCCAGUCAUCAAAACAAUCGUUGAAGAGGUGGGCCCUGAUGGUAGAGUGCUUUCAUCUAAGGUUGAAUCUGAAACCAAGAAACACUACUAUUAA